UCGAGAGUGAUUAAACUCCUACUUAAUUGUAUCAUAUUAGUGAACUUAUGUGAUAUGAUGGAUACCAUAACACCACUACGUAUCAUAUACAGGGAAAUGUGGUUUGCUUCACCAAUCAGAGAACCGAGUCACUUCAAACCAAAAUUAUGUACUUAUGUUAUAGUACAUGAAAGUGGUGGUCCAAAUUGCGGUAACUUUGCAGAUUGUUGCAAAUGCGUUAAGGAUUUGCAGCAGAAGGAUAUUACAAGUAAAGGAGAUAUCAGGUAUAAUUUUUUAAUUGGUGGAGAUGGAGCUAUUUAUGAAGGACGUGGUUGGUACAAAUCGUCAAUCAGUAUUCCUGAAUAUGAUGCAAUCAGUGUCUCCGUUGCUUUCAUUGGAUCAUAUACAAACCAGUUUCUUACAACAGUAGAAUGGGCUGCUUUCAAAGAUUUGAUCAACUUCGGAGUGGCAUAUAAAUUUAUUAGCAAGGACUAUCAGAUUCUAGGGCAUCAACAAUUUCGUAUUAUUCCAGAAGUAUAUCCUAUCUACCAUGCCCAAUGUCCUGGUCGUCAUGUUUACGAACUUCUAGGUGCUCUUUCUCAUUGGAAUAAUAGAACCGUGACGAUUUAUCGAAAUUAGUAAACUGGUUAGA